AGAGGAAGUAUUUUGCCGCGGUAUUCGGUAGUUGGGAAUGAAGGCGUUAAUUGGUUUGUUUGCAUUUAUCGGGGUUUACUUAGUACAUCACCUGGGGUUAUUGAUGCCUGCUCUCUAUAUGUGUAUGCCUUUUAUUUGUCUAGCGACAUAUAUCUAUGAGUGGCACGUUUAGUUGGUCUGCUCUGUGAAUAUAUUCACAUAAUGAUCAUAUAUGAUUAUUAUUGUAUUCACAUGCCGAGAAAUCAAAUUAAGAUCACUAUUUAAUCCUACAUUACACUAAUCUGGACUUAUAUACCUUUACUCUUCGUAAGCUUGGAACUUCCUAACCAUCGAGUUAAUCUAUGCAAAUAGCCAGUUAGUGUAAAAACUCAAUAUACUGAUCUUUCUGUACCAUAACUUUAUGCUAAAGUAAUUGGUGAUAUCACCCGCAGGAAAUACCAUUAAGACUGAGCUAUACGACCGACCCUAUAAUAAAUGUGAGAUCGUUCUAAAGUCAUGGCAAACCAAAAAGCCAGUUGUCUGCUAGUGACGAAAAUAUUCUUACCCCAAAUUAUUUGUAAGGCAGUGUAUUAUUAGGAAGUGCACUAAUUUGCGGCUGUGGUCGCAAGACGGUACGAAUAUCGUACGGGUAUUUGUUUGAGGAAACUACGUGAACCUGUGACAUUUGGAGGUGUCAGGAAAGUGGAUAAAACUCGUACAUAUAAAUCAAGUGACUUGUGUGGCGCAUAUGUAUUCGGUGCCCCUUUGUAUCAAUAUUUGUGCCCAAAUAAAUAAAGUACGGCAAAAUGUUCUAGACUUAUAAAGACUUUUGUUCUAUACUGUAAAUCACUUAUUUUCAUUCCGUCUCAUUGGUUAGAACGUUUUGAAGUCUUCGGGUUGUCCGAGUAUAUAGUUCACCUUUACCUGUAAAACUUCAGGACAUGGUGUGGAGUAUUGAGAGAUGUACAUCAGAAAAAAAUACACAAGAUAAUUGGGAUUUAAUUUUAGAAAUAUGUGAAAAAUAUGCUAGACAAGAGCCAUCAGUUUGUAUCCAAGCUAUAUGUAAACGAAUUUUUCAUAAGAAUCCAAAUGUUUCUAUUAGAGCUAUCACAUUAUUAGAUGCAUGCAGUAAAAAUUGUGGUAAACAAUUUAAUAGAGAAUUAGCUUCAAAAGAUUUUACACAAUUAAUCAAAAAGAAUUUUUCGAGUUUACAACGGAUACCAAGUAUUAAAUUAACUGAAAUCUUUGAAAAAUGGUCAGAAGAAUUUAAAAAUGAUUCUGAAUUAGCAUUAGCAGCUAGUUUUUAUAGUUGGGUUAAAAAUGAAUAUCCGGAUCUUGUAAAACAAGCAAUGGAUGAAAGACAGAUAGUUAAACAUGGUCAUUCACGCCAACACGUCUCACAAUUACAGGCUAAAGAAGAGGAAGAUUUAGCACAGGCUAUUGCUUUAUCACUGAAAGAUACUGACAAUUCAGCGUCAUCCCAUCCAAACAAACAGUCUGUUUCCACUUCAAAUGAGAAGACUAGUUUAUAUCCUUCUUGCUCUCAACUUCCAUUUAAUUCACUUUCAACUUAUUCAACGUCAACAUCAUCAUCAAAUCGCUCUAAAACAACUGUUCCUCGCAAUUCAAAGGGACAGGUAAGAGCAUUGUACGAUUUUGAAGCAGCUGAAGACAAUGAAUUAUCAUUCAAAGCUGGAGAGCUUAUCCUACUCUUAGAUGAUUCCGAUGAGAAUUGGUGGCUUGGAAGCAAUAGCAAAGGUCAAGGUUUAUUUCCCGCUCAAUUUGUCAAACGUGAAAUUGAACUUGAUGGAGUAAAUAAUGUCAAAUCAAGUCCAGGCGAAGUUUCUCACAUUACAGAUGUUAAAAGAAACCAACCUUCCAAAAAAAUUGUCCCCCAACUUGAUGAGAAGAAAAUUGAUGAAUGUUUACGUUUAAUUACCACUGUAGAUCCUACUGGUGAAUUUCAACAAGAUCCACCAGAAUUAAGUCAACUUGAAGCAGAAUGUGUAGCAAUGGUUCCACUUGUUGAUCCUGAAUUAAAAUUAGUUGAUAAAGAAAUUAUUAUGCUUACAGAAUUAAAUCAACGUUUAUUAGAUGCAUUUCAAUUGUAUCAUGAUAUUAUGUCACGUCAGAAUCCUUCAAAUGCUUAUUAUAACGGAAUGUCUAAUACUAUUACUAACACCACGACCAACUCAAUAAAUCCAACAAUCCCUUACUUACCACCAAAUACUCCGAAUAUAUAUCCAUAUACACAGCCAGAAUCGUCAAUGACUAAAUCUUCAUCGGCAGUACCUAUGAAUGGAUUCACUAUGCCAACAGAUUUGAAUGGAACUGUGAUGUUUCCUCCUACUGACUCUUAUCCUAUGUCAACUGGAAUUUAUGCAAAUCCACAAAUAGAAAAUUUCGGUGGUAAUCUUCCACAAAACCUUCAUAGUGGUCAGGCAUCAUCUCAACCAUUUCCUGUACAGCAGUUUUAUGGAUCAAAUCAAAUAGUACCUCCCGAUGUUGUUACUCAACAAAUGCAAUCAUAUCCAUCUGGCAAUAACAAUUAUGGAGUUCCAACUUAUCCGAUGAAUGAGUCUCAAUCUAUGAUGUAUACAGAUCAAUCAAACAACACCCUCUCAACUCAGAGAAUACAACAACAACAACAACAACCGUAGGUUUCAUCUAACUCCAUAAAAACUGCUAGGAAUUACUAAGAACUAUUUACUUGUGUAAGUGAAUGAUAUUUUAUUGAGACGGGUGUUGUUCUUUUCUUUUAAAGAAAAGCUUCAUUCCUCUAAUAUAACAUACAAAUGAUUUCUUUUAUAAACAAUAUCUUCAGUUAUGCUCUAAUAAACCAUUAACCAUUUUCAAUUUGUCUUUCAUUCUCAACUACUACUCACUCACUAUUAGUAGUUCAUCCGUUGUUGUCUUGUUUUUUUUCUGUAAACUUCUAUCAAAUUAUCUUCAUUCUAUCAUUUGUGAUUUAAUUCAAAUCAUAAUGAAUUAUAAAUAAUUGUAAUUAUUCAUCAUACUUAUAUAAGUGAAUAAUAUCUCACUAAUGCCUUCUUU